UUUCCUCGUGAACUCUUUGUUGAUUGAAAAGUUCAACCAUAGAAAUGACGCUCUGACACCGGAAGUGAGCAGCUGGCUUCAGAGGUGUGGGGUUAUGUAGUCUCUCAGCUGGUUGAGCGCGUGCAGUCUGGUUGAAAUGUGGCUCUUGUCUGUGUGGUUAUGACACCACCAAAGCAGAGAAAAAGUUACUCCUCAUCCAGAGGGACCUGGAUAACCCAGGAUGGCUGAUGCGGAGCAGGUGGUAGCAGUAGGACGGGUUCUGGUGGAUCCAGGUGUGGACUUGCCCCAGCGCUUCAGGGCUUUAUUUACACUGAAGAACCUUGGAGGUGCUGAAGCUGUAGAAUGGAUCAGCAAGGCCUUCAGUGACGAUUCAGCCUUACUGAAGCACGAGUUGGCCUACUGCCUGGGACAGAUGCAGGACACGCGGGCCAUCCCCACUUUAACUGCUGUCCUCAAAGAUGAGAAGCAGGAGCCAAUGGUCCGACAUGAAGCAGGGGAGGCUCUAGGAGCCAUUGGUGAUCCUGUGGUUCUGGACCUACUGAAACAGUACAGUCAGGAUCCUGUCAUAGAGGUUGCAGAGACGUGUCAGCUGGCUGUCCGUCGGUUGGAAUGGAUGCAGAGUGGUGGAGAGAACCAGUUGGAGGAUGGAAGUACAGAUAAGAACCCUUACUGCUCUGUAGACCCAGCCCCUCCAGCACUGAAGAAGAGUGUACCAGAGCUUCGGUCUGCUCUGCUUGAUGAAAGUCUUCCACUGUUUGAACGCUACCGUGCCAUGUUUGCCCUGCGGAACAUUGGAACUGAGGAGGCGGUGGUGGCAUUAGGAGACGGCUUGCAGUGCUCCAGUGCCUUGUUCCGACAUGAGAUUGGCUACGUCCUUGGUCAGAUGCAGCACCCAGCAGCAGUCCCGGCCCUGAGGGCAGCUUUGGAGCGUUCUGGAGAGAACCCCAUGGUCCGACACGAGGCAGCAGAGGCUCUUGGCUCCAUUGGAAAAGAGGAGUGUCUGGCUGUGCUCCAGUGUUACCGUAAAGACAAAGAACGUGUUGUCAAGGAGAGCUGUGAAGUUGCUCUUGACAUGUUGGAGUACGAGAACAGUGACCAGUUCCAGUAUGCAGAUGGGCUGGUCCGGUUGCAGGGUUAACUCAAAAUUUAUUUAAAACCUGAAAAUCUGCAUAAGGCUUACUGUUGAGGAUUUGUUGCUGUACUGGGACUGUUGUAAAAUACAAAUAUUCAAUAAAUAUUCUUCACCAAG